AUGGCAUGUCCAUCAGUUCAUCUGAAUCUUAACACAAUACCACCAGGUCCUGCACAUCAGGAGAUCAACCUAUUCCUAAACCAUCUUCUUAAAAUCAAUUUUUACGCGGCUUCAUAUCGUGAUCCAUUUUUUGUUCAUCCCUCUGUCAAUCCCAAUGCUGUUCUUUGUAGUCCUCCAUUAAACGGUGACAAUUAUGCAUCAUGGAAGAUAGGAAUGAUGAGAGCUUUGCGUUUGAAGAACAAAAUUGGUUUUAUUGAUGGAUCUAUUUCUAAACCAACUGAUUCGGCCAAACUCGGCGAAUGGAUGCGAGCAUAUGGUCUUGUCAUUGGUUGGAUUCAUGCUGCUAUCCUUCAUAGCGUUAAAGAUAGUGUUUCUUAUGCUCCUACUGUUUUUCUUCUCUGGAAAGAUCUUGAGAACAUUCAUGUUGAAUCUUGUGAUCCAAAGCUAUAUCAAUUGAAACAACAACUUGCCUUUAUUAAGCAAGAUGGUUCGUCUGUAAUGGUUUUUUAUGGUCGUCUUCGUGCUAUUUGGGAUGAGAUGGAUACUAUAAGACCUCUAAGUACUUGUAAUGCCAAGGAUGCUAUUGAUCAUCUCAACCCAGAUACGACCAUGGAAUUCUUGCAAUGUCUUCAUGAUAGGUAUGCUGGUCUCCGUUCUAACAUUUUGCAGCGUAUUGAGUUUCCACCCUUGUUAACUAUUUAUAACUUAGUCUGA